UCCUCAUAUAUACAUAUAUAAAUUCACUAGCUUUGGUUCAUCAAUUAUCAGUGUAGUUGUAGCAUCUUUCUCCAAAGGGAAACACAUAAUUUUAGCAAUGGAAUUGAAGAAUUUGUCAGCUCGUACUGGUCGCCAUCUGCAGCGUUACAAUUUACUUGGCCACCGCCAAGUUGUUGGAUGUAUUCCAUAUAGAUAUAGGAGUCCACGUGGAGCGUCUGUGGUGGACGAGGAAGAUAUUGAGGUUCUUGUUAUAACCGCACAAAGAAAAGGCAAAGGGGUUUUGUUUCCAAAGGGUGGUUGGGAAAUUGAUGAAUCUAUUGAAGAAGCAGCGUUGCGCGAAACAGUGGAGGAAGCCGGUGUUGUCGGAGAUGUUCAGAAUCAAUUGGGUAAAUGGAGUUUCAAUAGCAAAAACAGAGAAACCUUCUAUGAAGGUCACAUGUUCCCAUUGCUAGUAAAGGAACAGCUGGAAAUCUGGCCUGAGAGAGACAUCCGUCAAAGAUUAUGGAUAAGUGUUAGAGAAGCAAGAAGGAUGUGCGAAUACCGGUGGAUGAAGGAGGCUCUAGAGUUACUAGUGAAUCGCCUCAUCUCGCAGCCCAAAACAGAAAUGGUUAGCUUACCAAGAGCUGCAACAAAUCUAGCUUUGGUUGCAAAUGCUUGAACCCAAAUCUCCACACCAGAUUUAGAAUGUGUCUAUGCACCCAACUCUUGUUUCAUUUUUUUAGUUUUUUUUUUGUUAGUCUUGUACAGAGUUAAAUUGCUCGGAAAUCCAGUUUUUUGUUUUUCGAAAUUCAACUGGAAUUGGACUGAUGUGUUUGGGAGUUUGUUUCGUGUGUUUUUCGUCAAGGAAAUUUGAUGUUUGAAUAGUUGAUUUAUGGCUGAAAAAAAUUGGGCUUGCUGUGGA